AUGGAUGUGCAACAACUCUUCAGAAAUCUUCAGAAAGAAGCAGAGUGUCCGUUGUGUUUAGAGAUAGUUAACAAUCCCAAGACUUUGCCAUGUCUUCACUCAUUCUGCCUUGAGUGUCUCGACAAACAUGCAGGCUUCGCCAGAAGGCAGCUGCAAGCGACGAUUAAAUGUCCGGUUUGUCAGACAUCUUUUCAAAUCCCCGAAGGCGACUCGUUCAAAAAUUUGCCCACAUCUUAUCAUCUCAACCGACUGGUGGAUAUUCUGGCUCUUAAGGAUAGCGGCGCACAGGUCCAAAAAUGUGGCAGUUGUGAUGAGAACAACACCGCUUCCUCGUACUGUUUAGUGUGCCAGAACUUUCUAUGCACUCUUUGUUUUGAAGCUCACCAACGCUUGAAGGCCACAAGAGGUCAUCGUAAUGUUGUGAUAGAGAAAUUGCAAGUGCAAGAUGUGGAGGAUUUGAUCCACAGACCCGCCAUGUGUUCACAGCAAUAUCACGAAAAUCAACCGCUGGAAUUUUAUUGCGAAGAAUGCAAAGUUCCUAUUUGCCACAAGUGCUGUAUUGUUAGCCAUAAUCGACACACCAUAACAGACACUCAGAAAGCCGCACAAGUACAGAAGAUGCAAAUGAAGGACGCUUUGGAGAAAGUGAAAGCGGAAACCGUUGUUUACGAUAAAAAAGUACGGAAACAAACCGAGUUAAUGGAUAAGAACAAGAAAGAAAUUAUGUCGUGCGAAAAGAAGAUGACGGAUUUAGUGGACGAGUUGAUUCGCGAUUUGCGGGAACAUGAGAGAGCCAUGAAAACCAAAUUUGCUGAAAUUUAUGAAGCGCAACAAAAACAUCACGCAACACAACUAGAAAACUUUGAGUUGGUUUUGACUCAACUAAAAAGUUGCGUUGAACGAGGUGAGAGUAUCGUACAAAGAAACAUCAGUGCUGAAAUUCUGCAAACAAACCAAGCUAUUGUUAAACGCUGUGAAGAACUUCUAACAACCAGAAAACCUGACAUUUAUAAGCCUUCACACGUAAAUUAUGUAGUUUAACAGAAAGUGAAGAUUUUGGAUCGUAUUGUUGUCAGUGACACAGAUUCUUCGCUGUCGUUGGCUGAAGUGGCAAGUCUGAAAGAUGUAAGAGAGAAAACGGAAACAGAUUUUACCAUUGUAACCCGAAACUCGGAUGAGGAACAGUGUUAUCAUGAAGAGGAUGUGAUUAAAGUCAACAUAUUUAAAUCCCGCAGGUGA